AUGAUUACAUCCUAUUUUCCAAAAUAUGUGGCACUUUUUGCCCUCCUUGUCCUGAGUGUUGGUGCUCUGGACACGUUUAUUGCCGCAGUGUAUGAGCAUGCGGUUAUAUUACCAAACAGAACAGAAACACCUGCUUCCAAAGAAGAAGCUGUGCUCCUGAUGAAUAAGAAUAUAGAUGUUUUGGAGAAAGCAGUUAAGCUGGCAGCCACGCAGGGUGCUCAUAUCGUUGUGACCCCAGAAGAUGGAAUUUAUGGCUGGGUCUUCACAAGGGAGACCAUUUACCCCUAUCUGGAGGAUAUCCCACACCCAGAGGUAAACUGGAUCCCAUGUACAGACCCUCAGAGGUUUGGCUAUGCCCCAGUGCAAGAAAGGCUCAGCUGCCUGGCCAAGGACAACUCUAUCUACGUUGUGGCAAAUAUUGGGGACAAGAAACCAUGUGAUGCCAGUGACCCUAAGUGUCCCUCAGAUGGGAGAUACCAAUACAACACUGAUGUGGUGUUUGACUCGCAAGGAAAGCUGGUGGCACGCUACCAUAAGUACAACCUUUUUGCACCUGAAAUUCAAUUUGAUUUUCCGAAGGACUCCGAAUUUGUGACCUUUGACACUCCUUUUGGGAAGUUUGGCAUUUUCACUUGCUUUGACAUUUUUUCCCAUGACCCAGCGGUGGUGCUGGUAAACAAGUUUCAAGUUGACAGCGUUCUCUACCCCACAGCCUGGUACAACACGCUGCCCCUCCUCUCGGCUGUUCCCUUCCACUCUGCCUGGGCCAGGGCCAUGGGAGUCAACCUGCUUGCAGCCAAUACCCACAACACCAGCAUGCACAUGACAGGAAGUGGAAUCUACGCUCCGGAAGCAGUCAAGGUGUAUCACUAUGACAUGGAAACAGAGAGUGGCCAGCUGAUGCUCUCAGAAUUGAAGUCCAGGCCCCGAAAUGAACCCACCUACCCUGCACCUGUUGACUGGAGUGCUUAUGCCAAAGGCAUCAAGCCAUUCUUGUCUGAGCAGUUGGAUUUCCCAGGGAUGAUCUAUUUUGAUGAGUUCACUUUUACCGAGCUUAAGAGAAAUGCAGGAAAUUACACAGUGUGCCAGAAAGACCUAUGUUGUCACUUGACUUACAAGAUGUCUGAGAAGCGAACAGAUGAGGUGUAUGCACUAGGAGCUUUUGAUGGACUGCACACAGUCGAAGGCCAAUAUUACUUACAGAUAUGCACAUUACUGAAGUGUCAAACCACUGACCUGAGAACUUGUGGGGAGCCCGUGGGGUCAGCUUUUACCAAGUUUGAGGAAUUCGCUCUCAGUGGCACAUUUGGAACAAGUUAUGUUUUCCCACAGCUCAUUCUAAGUGGGAGUCAGCUUGCCCCUGAAAGACAUUAUGAGGUUUCAAGAGAUGGACGUCUGCAGAGCAGAAGUGGAGCCCCUUUGCCUAUCUUAGUCAUGGCCCUGUAUGGAAGAGUGUUCGAAAAGGACCCUCCACGCUUAGGGCAAGGCCCAGGGAAAUCACAAUGA